AUGACUUUUAAGUUUCUUGGAUGGGUGAAGGUGUUCUUGAUCCUCUCAGCAUGUUCCCACUGUACUUGUGUAGAAGUUUCUAUUCCAGAGAAACAAUAUGAAGUGGCAAAGGGAAGCGAUAUAACUUUGCCAUGUUCAUUUUCUCCUGCCAGACCAGACUACGACAUGUUUAUUCUGAAAUGGGAAGUAGUUCAGGAAAAUAAAGCGACUAUAAUUGCAACUUUUUAUUCUAAUUUAAAUCGAAUUGACAUAUCACCUACUUAUGAGGGAAGAACGUCUCUAGAUAUUGGUACUUCGAAACAAGCACUACUGCACUUGACAAAAAUGACAAUGGCAGAUAAUGCAAACUACCGGUGCACCGUCUUGAUUCCUGGAGAUGAUGAGGGAACACCAUCUGCCACCACUUUUCUUUUGGUCCUUGUCGCACCUUCCCCCCCAGUAUGCAAAAUUCAGGGAACAGUAGAGUAUUGGCAUGAUAUUACUCUGACCUGCAUGUCUGAGGAGGGAUCUCCCAAACCCCUUCCUGACUGGAAGAGCUACAGUGUUGAAAAUGUUCCAAGACCAUUUCCACCCAAGACCACUGAAAAGGAUGGAGCAUUAUCACUCUUCAAUAUUUCCAGAGAAAUGUCGGGUUUCUAUGUUUGUACUUCAACCAAUCGCAUUGGUUCAGCUAGCUGUAACCUCACGUUAUCUGUGUUUCCAGGUGGAUCAAUGAGUGGUGCUACUGCGGGUAUAAUUGGUGGAGUUGUUGCAGGUCUUUUGCUUCUUGCAGUACUUAUCUUCUGUUGCUACAGAAACAAGAAGAAGGCCAAGUACACUGAAGGGUCUGUUGGAGAAAUGGAAUAUCAUGAUGGGGACAUACAGGACCCAGAUGGAGGCCAAGAAGAUAGGAUGUCAAAUCUUCAAGACAGAAUCAGUGAACAAAUCCAAAAUCAGAAAAAGACAGGAAUGGAUAAACGAGAUGAAGACAUAGAGAUCGAGAUCGGCUUGACAACUAUCAAGGUCGAGAUCGCCAUGACGACUAUCGUGGUAGUCGAGAUCGCCUUGGCGACUCAAGUCGAGAUCACCAUGCUGACUAUCGUGGUAGUCGAGAUCACCUUGACAACUAUCAAGGUCGAGAUCACCGUGACGACUAUCGUGGUAGUCGAGAUCACCUUGACAACUAUCGUGGUAGUCGAGAUCGUCUUGGCGACUCAAGUCGAGAUCGUCAGGAUGACUAUCGCGGUAGUCGAGAUCGCCUUGACGACUAUCAGGGUCGAGAUCGCCAUAACGACUAUCAGAGUAGGGAUCGGCAUGGCAAUUAUUGUGGUAGUCGAGAACGCCUUGACGAUAGGGGUCAUCGCCAUGGCAGCCGUGACCAUAUUGAUUACGUAG